UGCGGGGGUACAGAUUAGUUUAGGUAAUUUGUACGUGUAGAUAGGGGUGAAGUGACUAUGCAUAGAUAAUAAACAGCGUGGUUGUCAGCCAAUCAGUAUUCAGGGCUCGAACCACCCAGUUUAUCAUUAUUUUUAAGCACCGAACACAAGGGUGGACAGUUGAAUAACCAAGUAAGAAGGAAAUUACCUGAUUUUAGAAUGUGCACACAAGAAUUGUCUCACUGUACCACAGGUCAAAAUAGACUAUGCAUUCUAUAUAUAUAUAUAAAGCACGAUUUCCAAAAAUCGAACGCACCUCCGCAGGCUGUAGUAGCCUACAGGUCAACACCUGGAACUAUCAUACAGAUUACAAUUUUAUACAGUGUAUCUGUGGCCUGCCCUGUAUUGUAUAUGUUGGUUGCCUCCCACAUUACAUUUUCCCGCCCAUUCAAGGUAGGCGAUAUUCCAUCUGAUUUGAGAACGAAGCACACUAUGUCAGCAAGUCAUUUGCAUAGAUCGCCGCCCCCCAACGCUUUAGUUGCGUAGUCUAUUAUGCAAAUCACUUUCUCUUUCAAGGAAGUUCAGCGUUUCAUAGGGACUGGACUUAUUUGAUUUAGCCUUCACUCUGCAACUAUUUUUCAUGAAGUAGGCUAUUCGAUUGUCUUCGAUAAUAAAGGUCGCAUGCGAGCACACAUGGUCUAACAAGGCCACUUUGUGGAUAAACUUGGUAAAUAACCGUUUUCAAAGUUUCUGUCUGGGCGUAAUUCUUCGCAGCAAGAUGUCUAUUCACAAUACCUCCACAUCAUACAGGACCGUCAACCUCUCGUCGGACCCGGCCACCACAGUUCUAUCCUCGGGCCAAUACAUCGACGGUUACAGAACUAUGAGUGUUUCGCCUGCUCCGGUACAGUAUGGUAUCGGUAAUGGCUACGAGACCGUGCGCUACCUGAUGCCCGUACAGCAGCAGAUGAUGCCGCAGCAGCAGAUGAUGCCGCAGCAGCAGAUGAUGCAGCAGCAGCAGAUGAUGCCGCAGCAGCAGAUGCAGUACGUACUGGUCAACCAGGCCCCUCAGGUUAUGCAGCAAAUGGUGUCACCUGUAUAUUUGCAGAGUAUGCAGAGGGUCAGCGUGAGUAGUUUGGAAGAAUCGGACAUCUACCGACAACAACAUGUAGAGAGUAUCGAUGGGAAAACUCCUUCUGUCUUCAGCCAGACGUCUAGCUCCAUCAAGAGCCCUGAGCCUGGUGUCGGAGAGGAAGAGGAGGAGGAAGAGGAGGAGGAGGAGGUGGUGGCAGCAGCCAGUUUAAUUGCCAUUUGGAUCUAG